AUGCAGCUCAUCAAUUCCUUGCUGGCUGCCAGUGCCCUGGCCUCACUCGUCUCGGGUCAGGACGUUUGCGGGACGACUGGUCUUGCGAUCAAGAUACCAUAUUUCCGGAGCAAGGCAAAGUCUUUGAACACAGCAGCGGCUUGCGGAACGCAAUGUGCGGGUGACAAGAAGUGCAAGAGCUAUGCUGUGGGUGGUGGUUAUUGCCUUAUAUACAGCUCGCCAGUUCGCCAGGCAUUCAUGAAGACAUCGAAAGGCACACUCAAGUACUACGACCGUGUCUGCGCUCCUGUCAAGUUGACACCUCCCGCAAGCACAACCACGACGCCAGCCGGUGGAAAUGGCGGCUCUUCGGGUGGCACGCCAGUGCCCGUGGAUAUCGGUGGCACGAUCACAGAACCGGUAAUUCAAAUCGCAGACAGCACGCCGCUGCCAUCCUCCGAAGUCGUCUUCCCAGUCGAUAAAAAGAGCUUUAUCGAUGCGUACACGUACCAGGACGACCCGCUGCCGUCGAUCGUCGCCAUGGGUUCGGCACCUCCUGCAGAUGGUCUGCUGAUAUCAGCGACAAGUCUUCCAGAGGCCCCCUGUAUGAUGGAUCCCACGAGCAACGAGCAAUUCAACAUUGUAGACUCGGGCUUCGUGCCACUGGUGUCUCGAACCCGAGUCGGCAUAGUGCCCCUGCCCACUCCUACAUCCGAAGCUCAGGCUAAGGCAAUGGGACCUGCUGACGAUCUUCCCCUCCAAGCAUUCUCCUUCAGCAAGCCUGCAAAUGCUCCCAAUGGCGUCUAUGACAUCGUUCUCGCCGGCAGUACGCCACAGUAUCUUGCCAAAACAUCGCAAGGAACGCUGGUGCUCACUCCAUCGUCCACUGGUCCCACCGAGCAACGUCGCAACAACCAAAACAUCAUCACUUCCAUUUUCGGGUUGGACUGCAAAGGCCGAAUUACUGUAAAGCAAGGCUCCACUUCGUACAUCUGGGAAAUCAUCAAUGGCAACGUUCGAUUCACUCCUGGCACAUCUGAGAGAAAGAUGUCGACCUACCCACUCAAAAGAGCUGCCGCCGCAAAAAAGGCGCGAAAGGUCCGCCGCAAUAAAUAUACCGAGGGCGUGUUCCCACGCUGCCCCAACUCUCCACCGGCAUUGGUGGCUAGGGGGUUUGACUGGGUUCCAGAUUUCAGCUUUGGCAGCUGCUGCGACGGUCACGAUAUAUGCUUUGAUAACUGUGAAGAGGGCACCUUCGAACAGUGUAACCGCGACUUUGGAGAUUGUAUGCGUUCGCAGGGAUGUGCGCAUCUCGACCACUGGUACUCUUACUUGCCCUACCUCGCCUGCCGCACGGCAGCAGAUUUCUACGAAUGGUCCGUAAGCCUGCCGCCGGGGAAGAAGGCGUUCAAAGAGGCCAACGAAGACCGCUGCGGAAAUGUCUGUGCCUCCGGAUACUGCUACGAAGGUCAAUGCUACGAUCCCCCAGCAGACAAAUGCUCCGCGCCGUCUCCUAUGCCCAACGGCGACUUCUCCCAGCCUAAUGCCGCUUGGGACUUUUGCCAAAACACCUUUGCCAGCAUCGGUUUUGCUAACAACGAAGGCAUCUGCACUGGUAGCGUUUCCAAUGGUCAACUAUCCAUGACACUGUCAAAUGUUCUCACGGUCGAAAUCAAAUCGCUGGUCAAAGUUUGUCCUGAUAAUCAGGCGUACGAGUUCUAUUUCACGCUCAAAAAGACCGUCGCUGCGAACGCCAACUCAGGCGUCGAAUGCGCAUUCGGCUACAAGUUUGCAGGUCAGAAUGAGAGAUUGCCUGAUGCGUCUAUCAAAACAAGCUCGACUGAGGACAAGAGAUAUGGACCGUUUGAUGUGGGGCCUUUCGUUGCUGGUCAGAACGGGGUUACGCAGAAUGGUAUCGCGCUGGAGAUUCCGUUUACGGGUAAGUUGUUGUGUGCUAGUAUUGGCACUGCGACGGUGGCUUUUGAUGAUUUUGAGCUUGUGCCGCGGCAGUAG